UCUGUCAAAUACCUAUUUACAUUAAAGCAUAGUAAAACAUUUUCUAUAAUUUUGUUUUAUUAUUAAUUUGGGAAAUAAUAAUUAUAUUAUUAAUACGUAUGUGAAUAAUAUGGCUACGUAUCUGACUAAAAACAUGCUUGAUAAGUUUACCAAAAGAAGAUUUCCCUGUAAACAAGAAGACGAUAAAAGCUGCGGCAGCAGUGAUCAAUGGUACAAAGUAUUUAACGAAAGCAACAAACAAAAUAUAUCGUCGGAUAUGAUCUGUAGAGUUUGUGCCAGAAGUGGUUGCACUCCGUUGAUCGAUAAAUUGACUGAAGAAUAUGACAUAAUUAGUGCCAUUCGAUCUAUAACUAAUGUUUCUAUAACAGUGGAUGAUUCUCUUCCUAAAUAUAUUUGUACUGAAUGUCUUGAUACAUUGAAGAUGGCUCUAGCUUUUAAGAAAAAUUGUGAGGCCUCCGACAGAAGAUUUAGAAAGAUUUUAAAUCCUUUGGGUGAUCCCUCUUUGCAUUCAUACCCGUACUCAAAACACGACUUCCACCUGAUACUGCAUCAAAUGAAAUUGCAACGAAUGAAAAUAGAAGAGGAGAAAGAGAAGCAGCGGCAGAGCCUCGAGAAGGCCAAGAAGAAGAACUUACCAAAAGAAAAGACGUUCCACUGCUCACCGUGCGACAUGACGUUUCCUGAUAAGGAGCAGUUGAAGGCGCACCGUCGCGACCGGCAGUGCAUGCGGCGAGCGUGCGACAUCUGCGGGCAACUAGUACUCAGCAUGGCGCAGCACCGGCGGCACACGCACAAGGACCACACGCCGCACAAGUGCGCCACCUGCGGCAAGGAGUUCCCCAUCAUAGCGAGGUUGAAGACUCACAUGCUGGUCCACACGGACACGUUCAACUUCUUCUGCGACAUGUGUCCCUACAAAUGCAAGCACAAGUACUACCUGGUCAUGCACAUGCGCACGCACACCGGCGAGAAGCCGUACAAGUGCACGCACUGCGGCGCCACCUUCGUCAACCCCAGCAACCUCAACAAGCACAAGCUCACGCACCGCGAGAAGCAGUUCAAGUGUGCACUCUGUGACAAAGCGUUCCGCACGAGCGCGGCGCUGCGCGAGCACCACGAGGCGGCCCACAUGAAGAUCAAGCACUCGUGCCACUACUGCGGACGAGACUUCUGCUACAAAUCGGACCUGCGUAAGCACGAAAUCAAGACUCACAACCGAGCGAAGCGAGACUAUAUAGGCGGGGAGCCUUCGUACAAGCAGGUGGAGCGAUUGCAGCGACAGUCUGAGCCGGUAGAAGAAGAGAAGUGGCGACAGCCCGACACCACUGAGCUGGAAAAGUGGAGACAGCAGCAGCAGGUGGCGGUGGCGGCGCCGGUGCUGCCCCCCGAGUUCGCGGUGGCCGACGGGAAGGACUUCAUCUACUUCACCGACGUCGCCAUGCCGCAGAUUGUUCAACAACAAACAGUAACGAUUAUGCAGGACAUGACCGUGAAAAAGGAUGAUGUCAAACUUUACGAAACCCAGCAGGACAUCACAUAUUUUUAGUAUAAACUGACCUUAGUAAAUAAUGAGUAUCGAACUAGGUAUUAUAAAAUGUACUUAUAGGAGUUAAGCGAUAUAUGAAUGUAAAAGCUGCCUAAAAUGUUUGAUUGUUAACUACUUAUUUUAAAUUAAAUAAAAAAUGGAUUUACAGUGUAGGAAACCGAAAAAGCAGCACUUAUUACUACAGGUAUUGUCUUAAAAUUAUAGUAUCAUUUUCAACUUAGGAGACAAGCGAUACCUAAUCGGUUAUUAUGUGUGUGUAUGUAUAGUUUAUUUAGCUGUAAGUUGCUGACAUAAAAUAGUUAUUCAUAUCGGCUCAUAAUCGUAUCAUUUGUAAUCGUUAAUUUAUAUUGGUACUAUCACUGUCAGAUGCCUUGUAUAAAAAAAAAAAAGUUUUUUUUAGAACUCA